AUGGUAGGAUUAGACAUAAACAUUGCAAGAAUAAUUGAUUUUCAACAAUUCUUUUCUCAAAAAAUUACGCGUUUCCGCAUGUUGAAACUUUGUGUGUGUGCUUAUAAUAGUGUAACUUUUCUGUAAAAAUAUGUAUCAACACCAAACUCGACUGACAUCAAUGGAAAGCUAACCAUAAAAUCAGUAUUAUCAUUUAAGUAAAGCCUAGUAGGAUAUACUUGGGUACGCAAGGAGCGGCAUGUUGCGCAACAUGUCUCUAACUAAUACCUGGAAUGUCCCGAGACAUGCCGCGGAACUUUUUUAAGGCCACACUAGUCAGUAGUCAGUGCUUAUAGAAAUGUCUCCCAAAGAGGUGGCGAUUAGUGCUGUGUACGUAGUGCUUAUUGCGGGAGUGAAACGUAAGCUAAAGAAAAGGUGGUGGAUUCAGAAUUCCUUACUACAAUGAGAAAGAAGAGGAAUUGAUAUUUUAAGUGAUCUCCGAAUGUAUGACGGAUCUUUUGAGAAUUUUACUCAAAUGUCAACAUCUGAUUUUGAAACGUUAUAACAAAUGAUCGGACCUUCCAUAACCAAACAGGAUACUAUACUAUGGAAUGCUGUUGCCCUCAUAUCGGUAUCAGACUUGCCAUUGCAUUAAGAUACUUGUUGACUAGAGUUUUAUAUGCUUCUUUGUCAUACACUUUUCGAGUGUUGACACAACUGAUCGGCAGAAUAGCACCAGAAGUUAGUGGUUAGAAGUAUCCCAUAACAAAACACGACACUGGUAAAGUUCAAAAAGUAAAAGCACGGUUUAAUUUCCCCACACAACUGACAUGUUGCAAGUAAAGUUGUACACACAACUAAACCCGGUAACAAAUGAUGUGACACUGAUGCCGGACACGUGCACUCUCUCUCGGAGAGGGAACAAGCUACAUGUCCCAUGUCACUUAAAAUGUUCUGGGUCACUGUGCAAUGUAGCAUCGUCAUGUAGAUUGAGUGUUCCACAUUAUCUUGUGGGACAAAAUGGCCCCUAGUGUAUCUGGGUCUUAGUUUAGUAUAGUUUACAAUGGGCUGAUUUCCGCAACUCCACAUCUAUACGCAUAUUUUGCGUGUGGGCAGGAAUAAUAUGCUUAUUCGAGUCAUGAGAUCUCCCCGAAGAAGCUCAACAGUCCUUUGAUGUUGCAUGCAACUUCGGGGAGUGAUCUCGGCGUGCCGAGAUGUUUAGCCCUGUAUGUAGCGACCUCCGGACAUUUCAAUAUCACAUGGGCCGCCAUUUCUUCUUCCCCCAGACAUGCCCUGCACAGGGGACUAUCUGUAACACCUAUAGUAAAUAAAUGCUUGUUAAAGUUGCUGUGUCCUGUGAUAGCACUUGUUACUAUCCUGAUCUGCGGCUUGUUCAGUCUCAUUAGACUUUGUGUGGUUAAACGACUGUUUAUUUCAGGCAGGGCCUCCCUAGCUUGUCUACAGUCUACUAGAUUUUUCCAAAGCUGAGCGUGUAGAUUAUUGAAGUGUGAAAUAUCUGGGUCUUAAUUGUACUACUAGUACAUUCUCCUUCCAUUCCUUCCAUGCAACCCGCACUGCUGCAUAGAUUUUGUUCCUGGUGUCUGUUCUAGUACAUAUUACUUGAAUGUCUAUUAUUGUGAUUUUCUAUCAAGAAAUUAACAUUUACCCUGAUUUGGUUGUUCAGCAAAUUAAAACAGUUCUAUCGGACUAUUAAAAUGAGAGAAUAGAGUAGAAAGAAUUAUUAUCAUUAUUUUAUAUGUGGUAGAGCCGGGCUGGAGCUAUAUUAUGGUUGUAUCAUGGAUGGGUUGGCUCAACCGGGGUGGUAAUACACUUUCACAGAAUGUGUAGUACCACCCACCACCCUGUGUUUUGUUUCAAUAUCCUCCUACCACAAGCAUUAUCAGAUUACUUAGAGUGAUAAGAGAAGUAUUUGUAAUGUUCUUAGUGAUGAUAGUAGUUUGAAGUUAAUGUAGGUAAUGUAAUUGAUUGAUGUAGGUGGCUUGGAACCGUAGGAGUUUCUUUCUGUCUAGAUAUCAUCCUCUUAUCAUUUAUCUGGCACCAAGCAGCAGUAUGUGUCCCAGUCUGAAGGACAUCGGGAGCCAGGCUGUGAUGCAUUACAUCUUACUCCUCAGAGGUAACAUUGCAUCUGUAGCCAUUGCUUGAAGUUCGUUGCAGGUGCCCAUGAUGCCCAUUAGUCACUUACUAGAUGGUAAGUUUAUUUGUCACUUCAAUAUUAUAAAAAGUGAUGUUGACAAAUUAAAAUGUGGUAGCCAAUAAUCUUUAUUGCAAACUUAUAUACAGUAGAACGCCAAUUAUCCGAAUUAAUUGGGACCGGGGUUGAUUCGGAUAAUCGAAAAUUCAGAUAAUCGGACAUAGACUGGUAUGUAAUAUAGAAAAACGAACUGUCACACAUAGAAUAAACUUUAUUAAUUUUAUAAAUGGUUUUACACUUUAUAAAGUUUUAUAAAGAGUAAAACCAGCUACACCCAUUUUUUCACUGAAUAUUCGCGCCUUUUCACAUAAAAUCGAUCCUGAAAUUGGUUGUCCAAUAGAUCGGUGCUGCAGAAACCACGUAAUAACAGUAUUCUCAAGCUGUUCAUCUUUUGCCUUUUUUAUUACUUUUCGUGACGAACAUCCAUCACCACUUUCCAAUGCGGUCACAAAACUUAAAAUUUAUUCACUGUUAUUUUUAAUAUCAGUUAACCAAGUAUUGUAUAAGUAAUCUAAGUAAUGUUACUUACUGUACUUGGUUAUAAUUUUUUAUAUUAAGCUUAGGACCGAUUCGGAUAAUUGGCGAUUCGGUUAAUCGGCGUUCGGAUAAUCGGCGUUCUACUGUAUUUGAAUACUAUUUCAUAUUUAUGAAGAUUUUCAUAUUUUCAGUUGGAUGAGAAUGAGGGGCCCAUAAUUGUUUGUUUCGCCUGUCAUGCAAGACUCAUUCGUUGCAGAAGAUUACAACAACAGGCUAUUGAGUCAAAUGUGGUCCUGGAGCUUUCAGGAGGAUCCAUGUCAAUACCAAAACCGCAUAAGGUUAGAGGUGAGAUUAAAUUCACACCAAUUUAUCAUAUAGAUAUCUGGCCUGUAGAGUGUGAUAUAGACAAUGAUUGCAAGGACGAAAUUUUUUGCCUUGAUGCCGUUAAAAUUGAGGAAGAUAUUUUCGAAUAUGAGAAUUCCAAAUUUGAAGAAAAUGAGAAUCAUGAAACAGAACCAUACAUCAUACCGACAAAUCAUUUUUCAAAAGCGUCUGAGAGCAAGAUUAAAUCAAAUUCUACUGAUUGUAACAUAAACGAUGUUCGUAAAGGAAACCUCGAUUUAGAAAGCCCUACUAUUAAAUCAAAGCCUAAAGUCAAAAAAGAUAAUCAACCAAUUAAUAAAAAAGGAAAGCAUCCUGCAAAGAUUAUGAAAAAGAAAAUAUUGAAACAAAAGAGUGUAAAUAUACUUACGAAAAAAACGUCAGGGGCAUCAACAAAAUACAUUUUUGAAUGUGAUGCUUGUAGCAAAAAAUUUUCAACAAAAGACAUUCUCGCCAAACACAUUUCAUACAGUCAUAAGACGCAAAGGAACCAAAAGAACACCACUGCAGUUCGGACACAAGUUGAACUAACUUCAGUACCACAACUAACGGAAAUAUUUAAUUGUGAUAUUUGCGAAUUUAAAACAACUCAAAAACGUUGCAUUUUGGCACAUCUUAAAGCGCACGUCGCUGAACAAGUGUACUGUUGUAAUAAUUGUGAUUAUAAAUCUAUUAGAAAAGAUCAUUUGCAAACACAUAUGAAAAUACAUACUGGAGAAAAACCUUUUUCAUGUAAUAUCUGUGAAUAUCAAUGUAUUCGAAAAACUGAUUUGCAAAGGCAUAUGAAAAUACAUACUGGAGAAAAACCUUUUUCGUGUCAUAUCUGUAAAUAUCAAUGUAUUCAAAAAAGUAGUUUGCAAACACAUAUGAAAAUACAUACUGGAGAAAAACCUUUUUCGUGUCAUAUCUGUAAAUAUCAAUGUAUUCGAAAAAGUAAUUUGCAAACACAUAUGAAAAUACAUACUGGAGAAAAACCUUUUUCGUGUCAUAUCUGUAAAUAUCAAUGUAUUCACAAAAGUAGUUUGCAAACACAUAUGAAAAUACAUACUGGAGAAAAACCUUUUUCGUGUCAUAUCUGUAAAUAUCAAUGUAUUCACAAAAGUAGUUUGCAAACACAUAUGAAAAUACAUACUGGAGAAAAACCUUUUUCGUGUCAUAUCUGUAAAUAUCAAUGUAUUCGAAAAAGUAGUUUGCAAACACAUAUGAAAAUACAUACUGGAGAAAAACCUUUUUCAUGUAAUAUCUGUGAAUAUAAAUGUGUAGAAAAAAGUAAUUUGCAAAGGCAUAUGAAAAUACAUACUGGAGAAAAACCUUUUUCGUGUCAUAUCUGUAAAUAUCAAUGUAUUCGAAAAAGUAGUUUGCAAACACAUAUGAAAAUACAUACUGGAGAAAAACCUUUUUCAUGUAAUAUCUGUGAAUAUAAAUGUAUUCGAAAAAGUUAUUUGCAAAAGCAUAUGAAAAUACAUACUGGAGAAAAACCUUUUUCGUGUCAUAUCUGUAAAUAUCAAUGUACUUACAAAAGUAGUUUGCAAACACAUAUGAAAAUACAUACUGGAGAAAAACCUUUUUCGUGUCAUAUCUGUAAAUAUCAAUGUAUUCGUAAAAGUCAUUUGCAAAGGCAUAUGAAAACACACACUUGAGCAGAACCUUUUUUGUGAGAGAUCUGGUAAAAUAUGUGCAAUAUUAUGUAAAUGUGUUGUAUAUAAAUGUAAAAGUAUACUAGAUAAAAAUCCAUUUGUC